AUGUGCAUCAAGAGUGUGAUCCUUUUGGGUCUAAUAACUCUUGUCGCGCUUUCGGGAGCAAAACUUCGUUGGAAAUGCGAACUAUUAGACACAAGUCAAGAAUCAUCUUCAAUAUCACCACGUACCACAUUUGUAGAGUUUGUUAAGAAUAAGCCACCGGAGCCAAAUGUUCCGAAUACUCCAAAUAAUCCACGGACACCCAGAUCUACUCCAAAGUGUCGGCCUCGACCGAGAAAUGGAACGGCAGGACCUUCAAUUCAAACAGAAAAAUUGAAAGUUCGAAAGAACAAGGAAAUUGUGCAACAGGAUCCAUUUGGAAUUCUUUCAUCUGGAGAUAUUGAUGCACCUCAAGUGAAAUAUCAAAGAAAAGAAAGUCAUCAAUCAUUGGAUUUAAAUAUUGGACCAGGAUUUGAAGAAAGUAAUGAUCCAUAUGGAAGGAAUAAACAACCUGUACCAAAAAGAUUCCGUCCUGCUGAACUUAAAGGAGCCGACGAGCUUGACAAACCACUAACGGAACAUCUAGAUGAGAAUGUGAUGCCCGAUUUCGAAUUUGAUGAAGACGAUGCUCCACCAGUACAGGAUGAUCUUCCAUGGUGUCCAGAAGAAGAUGAAACUGAAUGUGAAACCAAGGAUUUAGAGAAAUUAAGCGUGAAAGAGCUUGUUGAGUUCAAGGACCUAUGUGAGAAAAGCGUGAACUCCGAGAGGAAAGCACUUAUUGAGAAGUUGAUAAGAAUUGAAGGUAAUCCAGAUCGCACAUUAUCACCUGAUCGAACCAGUAUUGCACCUCCAACUGGAUUCACAAAUUGCUCAACGAGCCCUUCUGAAUUAAGCAAUGCAACACGUGCUAAAUACCAAAAAGAAUGCCCAUGUGAAGAAGAUACAAGUAACAUGAGUACUGAAGAAUUUGAAAAAUUCAAAAAAGAGUGUUUGGAUGUCAUUGAAAUUCCCGGAAAACCAUAUCAACUUAUUAGGAAAAAUGGAAGAUGUGGAAUUUCUCAACAGAAAACUGAUGCAAUGAGUGAAACGGAAUAUGCUUUAUUUGUGAAGGAAUGUUUAGUUGGACCUAAGAAAAUUGUAUUGAAAAAGAUUUUAAUUAUCAAUGGCGAUGGAGAAGGAUGCAAGAAUGUUGAUACGAAGAAGAUGAACAAAGUUCAGUUCUCCAAGUAUCAAAAAAAGUGUACUGUGUCCAAGAAUUGUGAUGAUAUAGAUAAAACAAGCUUUAGCAAGAAAGAGCUAUCCCGUUUUAAUAAAAUGUGUUCUUCGGUAACACGAAAAACGAAGAAUAUUUGUGAUGAAGACAAUGUUGAGAAUUUGGAUAAUGAACAAUUUGAAAGUUAUAGAGAAGAAUGUAUUUUGAAUGGAGGAACUGAUGAUUGUGAUGACAUAUCUGUGAAUUCCCUGUCUGAUUCAGAAUAUGAAGAAUACAAAAAGAAGUGUGGAAAACCUACAAUGAACUGUGAAAAUAUCAAUCCAGAUAAUUUGAGCAAGAAAGAGCGAUCUGUCUACGAAAAAGAAUGUCUUCAUCCAUCUCCACAAUCUCCACCGCAUGUGUAUCCUCCCAACUUCUGUAAAACUGCGAAUGCUGAGAAACUGAAUGAUAAAGACUAUGCUGAGUAUAAACGGCAAUGUACUGAAAUACCACCAAUGGAUUGUCAUAGUGUGAGUCCAGAUGAAUUGAGUGACACAGAAUACCAAAGAUAUAAAGAAGAAUGCAGAACUGCAGAAGAUUGCGCAAAAAUCAAUCCAAAAGACUUGACUGGAGAAGAGUAUGCAAAAUACGAAAGAAAUUGCCUUAACAAGAAGAUCAACUGCUCAACAGUGGAUCCUAGAGAAUUGACUCAAAAACAAUAUCGACGAUUCGAGAAAGUUUGUUUGAAAGACACAAAAGACUGCAGAAAUGUUAAUGUGAAGGAUCAGAAUGACAAGGAGCACGAAAAGUUUAGAAGUGAAUGUCUAAAAUCAAUCGAUUGUAGUUCCAUGGGCAAUGUUGAUGAAUUGACUGAUGAAGAGUACAAAGUAUAUCAACGAGAAUGUCUCAAUCGACCUGGAAACGAUUUUGAUUGUCCGAACACGGAUCCUAGAACACUUUCAAGAAAACUGUACUUAAUAUUCGAGGAAAAAUGUCUAAGUCCAAGCCCUGACUGUAAAGAUCGGAUUACGAAUGAUAUGAGCUAUGAUGAGUAUGCGAAAUUCUCAGAAGAGUGCCUUGUUGAAAACUUUGAUUGUGAAACUGUUGAGCCAAAAAAUCUCAGUGAAAAACUGAUGAAGAAAUAUCAAAAAGAAUGUGUUCGAAGUACUCCAGAUUGUAGAGAUAUGAAAGUUGAUGAGGUCGCAAUAGAAAAAUACAAGGAAUAUGAGAGGAAGUGUAUCUGGACUAAAUUGGAUUGUUCCUAUAUUAAACCGGAUGAAUUGAGCAAAAAAGAGUACAAAAAAUACAAACGCUAUUGUCUCGACAAGGUGGUCAACUGUUCAACGGCUGAUGCUAGAAAACUGACCCAAAAACAAUAUAGAAGAUUCGAGAAAGUUUGUUUGAAAGACACACAAGACUGCAGAAAUGUGAAUAUGAAGGAUCACAGUGAUGAGGAUUAUGAAAAGUUUAGAAGUGAUUGUGUGAGAAGAGAAUUCAACUGUGAUUCUGUUGGAAAUGUAGAUCAAUUGAGUGAAGAUGAGUACAACGACUACAAAAAACGCUGCAAAGUUAAUUUCGAAGGAGAUGAUUGCGAUGAAAUCCGUGUCGAUAAGCUCAGUGAUCAUAAGCUUCAAGAAUAUGUCAACAAAUGUGGACUGUUCUGUGGAAUAGAACGAAAAAAUGUAUUGACAAAGAAACAACAAAAAGUUUAUGAGAAAAGAUGUGAAGGAGACACUAACGAAUUGGAUAAAGAUUGCAAGGAUAUUGUGGUGGAGAAGUUGGGAGAGAGAAUGUAUGGAGAUUUUGCUGAAAAAUGCUUGGAACCAAUAAAUGCUUGCUCAAUGCUCAAAACUCGUCGUCUUGUUAGGAAAGUGUACAAUGAAUAUCGAUUAAAAUGCAAACCACGCCUACGUCCAUCAACAGAAUUCAAAUGUGAAGAAGCUGACACUGAAAAUAUGACAUUGGAAGAAUUCAAAAAUUAUGAAUUGAAAUGCGGAAAAGUUUCAGACAACUGUGAUAAUGUGAAUGUGAAUGAGCUCAGUGAACAAGAAUACCUUCAAUAUAAACGUCGAUGCAGAAUUGACUAUACUCAUAAGAGUUGCAAGGAUAUUGUUUUAAAUGAAUUGAGCAGGGAAGAGUACAAGAAGUAUCUGAAAAAAUGUGGAAGACGCCGUCCAAAGGAAAGUAACGCAAGUGACACUGAUUGUGACUCGAAGGAUUUAGUGGAAAUGAGUAGGAAAGAGUUCUUGAAACACAUUACUCUUUGUGGAAAUCCGGUCGACACAACUCUUCCAAAUUGCAAAAACAUUGACGUCGAGGUUUUAUCAAAUUCCGAAUAUGAAGAAUACAAGAAAAAUUGUCUGAGCAGUGUGAUUCCUUCUAAAGAAAGACAAGAACCAGGUGGUGGAGCACCAAUGAAUUGCUCAACGGUGAAUGUGGAUAAACUCAGUGAUAAAGAAUACAAGGAAUACAAGAAAAAGUGUGGAAAGAAGAUUCGAAGUGAAGUAUGUGAUGACGUAAAUGUUGAUUCAUUAUCUGUAGAACAGUAUAAUGAAUAUCUAAGAAAUUGUGAAAAGAAGCCAAGAAGAAAGACUCCAGAGUGUAGCAUAAAGGAUACUAGUAAACUUUCUGAUGAAGAAUAUAAAAUCUACAAAAAGAAAUGUGGAUCAACGUCUGAAGAUGGCAAUGCUCCUCCAAAUGGGGACAGGCAAAAACCGUCAGUUACUAUUGAAAAAACAGUCAUCAUAAAUCCUACCGGUCCCAAGAAUCCAGAUGACUGUGGUUCAAUCAACCCUUCAAAACUCUCCGACUCGGAAUAUGAGGAAUACAAGAAAAAGUGUGGAAAAGAGAGGAAAACUCCAAAACCAGAUUGUGACGACGUCGACACCAACAAUUUGUCAGAUGAGGAAUACAGAAUGUACAAGAAGAGAUGUCAAGUGAAGAAAACUCCAAAAGAUAAUUGUUCCAAUGUUAAUGUCAAGGAUCUUACAGAAGACGAGUACUCCGACUUCAAGAAGAGAUGCGGAUCAACUGACGAAAAGGAUCCGGGAGAAUCUGUUUCAAUUACUAAAACAGUAGUAAUCAAUAAACCGCCCAAAGAUGGAAAUGAACCAAAUGUCGAGAAGACAGUCAUUGUGAAAAAUACACCCGGACCAGAUGAUCCUGAAAAAUCAGAUUACUGCGCUUCAGUCAAUCCAUCAGAACUUUCCGAGUCAGAAUACAAAGAGUAUAAGAAAAAAUGUGAAUCUGUUCUUGAAAGAAAAACUCCAAAACUAGAUUGUGAUGACGUUGACACUAAUAAGUUGUCAAAUGAGGAAUACAGAAUGUACAAGAAGAAAUGUGGAAAAGAGAGACACACUCCAAAGCCUGAUUGUGAUAGUGUGGACGUCACAAAACUUUCAGGAGAAGAAUAUCGGGACUACAAAAAUAAUUGUGGAACACCUAAAAGACCGGAAAAACCAAAUAGAGAGGACUGUUAUACUGUCAAAAUAGAAGAAUUGACAGCCGAGGAAUAUGUUGCUUUCAAAAAGCGCUGCCUCAGUGCACCAGAAACUCCAGGAAAUCGAGAAUCAAAUCCUGAAGAGCCCACAGUUGUGAUUAAGAAGGAACUAAUUGAGAAUAAUCCUCCAGGACCAGAAGAGCCGCGUAAUCCAGAUAACUGUUCAUCAGUAAACGUAGCAAAACUUACCUUAGCGGAAUACAAGGAGUAUAAGAGAAAAUGUGCAAGACCCGACUGUGAUGACGUGGACACUAACAAAAUGUCAGAAGAGGAGUAUAGAGCAUACAAGAAGAGAUGUGGAAAAGAGAGAAAAACUCCAAAACCUGACUGUGAUGAAGUUGAUGUCAAUAAAUUGUCAGAUGAAGAAUACAGAUUAUAUAAGAAGAGAUGCAUGUCUACAUAUACACCUGAAGAUGACUGUUCUAACAUUCGUGUCAAAGAUCUUACAGAAAAAGAGUAUGCUGACUUCAAGAGAAGAUGUGGAAAUACUAAGGUUCCGGAAGAAUCCGUUACUAUCAAAAAGACGGUAGUAAUCAAUAAACCACCAAAAGAUGGAAGUACACCUUCAGGCGGGGAGACUGGAAGACCACCUGUGACAAUUGAAAAAACAAUACGCGUGGAGAAACCUGGAAAUUCCGAUUACUGUUCUUCGAUUAAUACAUCAAAACUUUCCAAAUCGGAAUAUAAAGAGUACAAGAGAAGGUGUGAAUCUCAACCUGAAAGACAUGAUUGUGAUGACGUGGAUACCAACAAGUUAUCAGAAGAGGAGUAUAGAGCAUACAAAAAGAGAUGUGGAAAGAGACGACCAGUUAUCGAAGACUGUUCAAACAUUAACAUCGCAAAACUGAGCGACACAGAGUACAACGAGUAUCGAAGAAAAUGUAGACCAACAAGAAAGACCACUUCACCAGAUUGUGCUGAUAUUGAUGAAACGAAAUUGUCGGGUGAAGAAUUGGAAAAGUACAACGAGAAGUGCACAUUUCAAGAAGAUCCGCCACCGUCUGAAACAGAAGAAAUGAAGUGUAAAGAUAUCAAUGUUGAAGAGAUGGAUGCAGAGGAAUUUGUCGCCUACAAAAAACGUUGUGGUACACCAAAACGUCCAGAAAAUCCACGUGAAAGACCACCAGGAUCUUCACCUUCUGAAAACUGCAGAGACGUCAAAGUUGAAGAACUGACGGCUGAUGAGUAUGCUGAAUACAAAAAGAAGUGUCUGCGGAAUCCAAGGAAAUCAACUAAUCCUCCAGAUGAAAAUUGUUCCAAAGUCAAUAUUGAUGAGUUAACGGACAAAGAAUAUAGAUCAUAUAUCCGAAGAUGCCCGAAUAAUCCCACAGGAGUCAAAAUUACGAAAACCGUCGAAGUAGGAGAUGGCUGUCAGAAUAAAAACACGGAUGAUAUGACAAAAGAAGAAUACCAACAAUUCAGACAGGAAUGCUCUAGAAAACCACAUGUUGAACUCACUAAAAUUAUAAAGAUUGUUGAACCACCGACUAAGCCUGGAGAUUCCCCAGAUGAAUUUGAUUGGUGCUCUGGUCAAGAUAUCAACAAAAUGCCGGACGCAGAAUAUGAAAAGUUCAAAGAAAAAUGUCUUGGAUUCCGAAAAACAUUCCAAUUCAAUUGUAAUUUGGAUGUUAGCAACAUGAGUGAUGAGGAAUUCAAAAAGUUUCGAAAAGCAUGUAGCAAGAAGCCGUUCAACUGUGAAACUGUUGAUGUAGAUACAUUAUCUGACAAGGAGUACUCAAGAUUCCAAAAAGAAUGUAGACAAAGACCAGAAUUCGAAUGCAAAGAUGCAAAAGUUGAACGAAUGAAUGCACAAGAAUAUGAGGAAUAUAGAAAGAAAUGUAAAAAGACUACAACUAAAGUUACAAAAGUUAUUGAUUCAUGUGACGACGUAAAGGUCGAGGAGUUGAGCAGAAUAGAGUACGCUAAAUACAAAUCUCGAUGCGUCAAAGAAACAACUCCGUCAGACACUCCGCCCACUAAAAUUCGAAAACGAAUUGAUUGUUCAAUUGUAGAUGAAAGUAUGAUGAGUGAAGAGGAAUAUUCAGAUUUCAAAAAACAUUGUAACGUGAAAGUUACAACCGAUAGAUAUCGUCCUGGAGAGAAUAUAAUUCUGACAAAGAAAGUGAAGAUAAGAACUGGUAAAGAAAAAUUCAGUUGUUACGAUCAAGAUGUUGAUAGGAUGACUGAUGAAGAAUAUUCCGAAUUCGAGAAAAAAUGUUUAACUCAUCCACUUUUCCGAUAUGAUUGCAGUACUGUUGAUACAACUAAUUUAUCAAGAGAUGAGUACUCAAAAUACCAGCGAGAAUGUCAAAAACCUGAUGCAUCUGUGGUUCUCGUUAAGAAAUUGGUGAUUAACAAGGAGAAUGUGCCAGUAAAAGAUGGAUGUUACAAUCGAGAUGUUGAUGGAAUGUCAGAUGAUGAAUAUUCUGAAUAUGAAGUUCGAUGCUUGGGACAUCCUUCGACUCCGAAGCCUGUUGAAAGGAAGACAUCAAUUGAUUGCCAUAAUGUUGACAUGUCAAAACUUUCUUAUACAGAGAUUGAAGAAUAUCUGAAACGGUGCCGUACUCGAGAAACAGCAUCCACACAACCUCCUCCACCACGACGUCAAUCUCUCAAAUGUUCGGGAAUAAAUACGGAUGAUCUUAAUGAAGAUGAUUACGCUAAAUGGGUGAAAGAAUGUCUGCAAGAACCAAAAACUAUCAAACUGGAGAAGAAGAUCAUUAUAAACCCAACUAUUCCACCGACACCUCGUGGGGAGAGGGUCCUUGUAGAGAAGCUAGAGAUUCAUGAGCAUCUUCGGCCAGACGACGAUGAAGGACUUUUGGAGGGAAAUGAAGAUUUUGGAGUGAGAAUUACUACAGGCAUUCGGAAGAGAGUUAUCAAAGGAUCACCUGGUGAUGAUUCAGAAUCUGAAGGAGGAGUUAUACUUGUGAAGAAAGUUAUUCAUAGAAUUCCAACAAGACGUCGUCCAUCUAAUAUACCAGAUGAAGAAGAUGAAGGUGGUGUGAUUGAAGUGAGAAAAAUGAUUAUGAAGACAAGAGAGCCAGAGCCAGAUGUUGAUGAUUCAGAAGACGUUGAAGAAAUUAUGAGAAGACCGAGAAAGAGGAUUGGUCCAAAAGAAGAAGUUGUUCUGUUAUCUGUCACUAAGAAGCAUCCUCAUUCAUAUCGAACGAAGACAGUUCCAGACGAGGAACCUGUUGAAAUAGUGAAGCUUGUAAAAAACAGAAGAUUACCAAACGCAACAUUGAGGGAAGUCAGAAUUCGAAAACACUUUGGAACCGGAAUCCCUGGGGAAGAAGCUGUUGUUCAAGAAAUUGGCGGUCCUGACUUUAAGAUCACCCGUAAAACUGUGAUGGUUCCUCGGAAAGUUCGUAAAAUGAAAUCGACAACAACAACUACAACUACCCCUGCUGAGCCAGAAUACUAUUAUGAUGAAGAAGAAUACCCAGAAGUGAUUACUCUGGUAAAAGUUGAAAAGUCUAGGCGUCCACUUCGAAAAUACUCAAGACCUGAUGAUGAAGAUGAUGAAUUUGUGGAUGUUCGAGAGAAUAAGCCAAAAAGUUACAUUGAAUUUGAAGGAUUUGUGAAGGUCCGUGGAAAUCCUAGAAAAAUCAGAAAGAGACCAAGCUUCACGGAUUCUGGAGAAGAGCCCGACAUUCGAGAAGUAACUCGGAAAAUUGUUGAAGGAGAAGAAGAUGAUUUCAAGGGAGUUCGACUGAAGAGUCACAGAAAGAAGUUGGUAAUAGUACGGAGAAUGCAAGAGGAAGAGCCAGAAGAAGAACAUGAGGUCAGAGUUGUCAAAAAACUGAAGGUGAUGAAGUUUGGAAAUGAAGAAAAGGAGAACUUUGAUAACGAAGAAAAUGUUGAAGAUGAUGGGAAGAUCAUUGUUAGAAAUCGAAAGAGACAAUACUUUGAGAGAAACGAUCGGCCUGAUGAUGAGGAAGAAGGAGAGGAGCUGGUGAAUAGAAGAGUUGCUGUAAGAGGAAGAGCUCCAAAGAUUUUCAGAUGGGCUCACAAGCCAGGAAGAAAGAGUGCCAAACCUUCAAUUACUGAAAGAAACUCUGAAUUCUAUAAAAUUGGAGGAUCGCAUGAGGAAGAGAAUCACAGAAAAGAGAAAAAUCAAAAGAAAUGGAAAAAUCGAGAAGAUACGUUCCGAAGGAGAAGAAAGCCAGAAUAUGAAGAGGAAAGUGAAGAAUUGGGAAGAAGAAAACCAAGGUUCGGAGAAGAAAGUGAAGAGUUCGAAAGAAAAGGAAGUAGACCUGAUAGAGAACAACCAAAUGGAGAAACAACUGUUAUCAAAAAGGUUUCUGGAGGAUCGAUAUCCGAUCCGACUCCUCGAUUGCCCGAUGAUCAAGGCGAAUCAGUUGCUAUCACCAAGAAAAAAAUUUUCAAAUAUGGCGAGAAGAGAGACACUCCAGACGAUGAAGAUGAAAACGAGGAGAUUAAGCUAUUGAAAAGAAAACAAUUAUAUCUUGGAGCACGUGAUAAGCCAACCGGAGAAAAUGAUGGAAACGGCGAAAUCGUUAAGAUCACAAAAAAGAAAUCGUUUAAAAUUGGACCAAAUGGGCAAAAGAUACCUUAUGACGGAAAUGAAGAUGAGCCACAAUUCAGGAGAAAAACAUCCGAUCAUCCAGGAAAAGAUCAAGACGAGGAUGUUCAACUUUUCAAGAAGAAGAACUUUUAUCGAAUUGUGAAUGGAAAGAGAGUAUUGAUACGGACAGAGGAAGAUAUUCCCGAGCAAGAUGAAGAUGGAGAAUCUGUGAAAAUAACGAAGAAAAAGUUCUACAGAAUUGGACAGAACGGUGAAAAAAUUUACGAGGACGAGGACGAAUCGCGUCGAUCGAGAAAAAUCUCAAAAGAUGAACCAGGAGAAGAUCAAGAUGAACAGAUUAAACUAUUCAAGAGGAAGAAGUUUUAUAAAAUUGUUGAUGGAAAACGAGUGCUGAUAAAAACUGAAGGAGAUGUUCCUGGACAAGGUGAAAAUGGGGAGCAGAUUAAGAUCACAAAGAAGAGAACAUAUCGAAUAGGUCCAAAUGGUGAAAAAAUUGAAAAGAGCUCGGAUGAUCAAGCGUUACCUAGUCAUGAUCGAGAUGGGAAGCUGGUGAUUGGAAAAAACAAUAGGCUGUACCGAAAAGGUUCAGAAAUACCCGAUGAAGAUGAGAAUGGAGAGUCUGUGAAAGUUAUGAAAAGAAAGGAAUAUCAAAUCGAAAAACCACAAAGCAUGCCAGAGGAAAGUGAAGAUGAAGAGUUCAAACUUUUGACAAAAAAGAAGAAGAUGGGAGUUAUUGCCAAUGAUCCGUCCAAUGAUGGUUCAGAAAUAAUUAAAAUGUCAAAAAAGAAGGCUUAUUUAACUGGAGAAGGUUCGAUGUCUCAUGAUCAGGAUGGUGAAGGUUCUGAAGAAAUUAUGAUGAAAAAAAGGAAGAGGUUCUAUAAAGUGGGAGCUGAUGGAAAACGCGAGCUUUUGAGAGAAGAAGAAAUCCCAAUGGGUCAACUUGGAACAAAAAAGAGCAGUUAUAGUCCGGAACCGUUGGAUGGGGAGAGAAUCGAGAAAACAAAAAGAAUAUACAAACUCGGUCGGGAUGGAAAACAGGAGCUUCAGAAGAUGGGAGAUGAUGAAAGUGGAGAUGAUUCUCAAGAUGGAACACACGUUGUGAAAAUGAUGAAGCGGAAGAAGACUUAUAGAUAUGAUGCAAAUGGAGAGAAAGAACUGAUAAAAGAGGAAAAUGUACCAGGAGAUCUUUCAUCCGAUGGCGAAGGAGAUGGAAAAAUGAUUUGGUCCAAGAAAACUAGAAGAUCAUAUACUAUUGAUAAGGAUGGAAAUCGGAAACUCGUGAAGGAAGAAAAAGUGCCAGGUGGUCCUAUGGAAGAUGAUGGUCAAAAACUGAUGGGAACUAAAAAGACAAAACGAUUCUAUAAAAUGGUGGAUGGAAAGCGGAAGCUGAUGAAAACAGAAACAUCGGAUGGUGAUAACAUGAUGAUGCCCAAACACAACUCAACUCCAGAAAACGACGGAGUUCCACCUCCUGGAGGUCAUUUCUCAGUUGACAAAUCUUCAGAUGACAACAACAAAGAUCAUGGAGAUUCAAGAGAAAGAUCAGGAAGUGAUGAAGAGACGAGAACGAGGAAUAAAGGAACUAAUAAAAGGCGAGAUGGCAGAAAUGAUGGCAGAAAUAUGAAUCUUGGAAGCAUAAUAAAACCACGAAGGAGGUCAUCUAAUGAUGGAAAUGAUAAUAGUGAUCGGAACGACGGUCGCAGAGAAAAAACGCGAUCAAGUAGAAGAGCAAGAUCUUCGAGAAAAAUGGAAAAAUAUCAUAAAGAUAGAAAUGUGAGGUCGAGUGGAAAAAGUGAAGAGCUCGUCCCAGAAUAAGAUUGUGAUGUAUGAUUAAUUGAUGAUAAUGAAUAUUUAUUGG